AGCUUCUUUCUGAAAAGAGCACGAUUGGAGUGGUUUCCAUUAAAAGAGAAUCUGAACAGAUAUGAAACACAACACUUAAUGGUAAGUAAAAGUAAAGGUUGCACAUCAGACACCAACAACUGGUUAUUUUCAAUUUAUUUUUUUCUCUGCAGAUUCUGCUUGCUGGUUUUCUAAAAAAAAAAUGUGUCUUUUAAAAAAAAAAAAAAAAAAGAGAAAAUGCUUUUUGAAGUCAAAAAUAUGUAAUGCUUACUAUCACCAUGCAAAUGGACUUUGAAGUGUUACUCAUAUCUACUAUCCCAGCAUGAGAGCAGAUUUUGCACUGGGUAGGGAUAAAACUGGCCUAAGUUGGUAAAAUAUAGUUAGAAACAUAUAGCGGAAACAGCAAAAUGCAGUGUUAUCAAGUAAAUAUAUACUAAUGUCACAAUUUAUGUCGUUUCCAGAGUUACACAAGUUUGUAAAUAGCAUUUUGUGCUAAAUUGGCUGUGAUGUCCACAGUAAAGCAUUGAUCUGUGUUAAAUCAAUCUGUUGAUAACUGUAUUGCACAUUUGCUUCUUAAAGCGGCACUGUCACCGUCUCGGGACUGCGACAGUGACAUCGCUGCUGGGUGUUCGGUGGUUGGGGCGGGGCAGGUAAAGGUGAGUUUACUUACCUGAACCGGUCCCACGAUAAUGCUGCUAUCUUGACUCGGAAGGUCCUCUUUGUUAGUGAUCUCUAUCGUCACUGCUGUAAUCUCGUACAGCAUUGAGGUCUAUAGAGGAUCCCACGAGAUGUGUCUCUGUAUAUCUAUUGCCUUUGGUGGUAUUUCACUGAAAUUCCAACACAAUCAAAACAACUGUUUCAUAAAGAUUCUAUUAUUUUUGCGGGGAAAGGGAAAGGGGAGUGGGGGUGACAAUGAUGCUUUAAGAAUUAUUCUGUUAUCCUAGUAUAAUCAAAUAUGAAGAGUGUAGAGUGCGGAUGUACAGAUCUCAGUCAUAGGAGAGAUAGUUCACUUGGUUAAUUCACCAGCUAAGGCACAUGUUCAUACUAGGAUUGAUUACAGAAUCUAUUCUCUGCAGUCAAAUCAAUCUUACUACCUAACACGGCUAUUACAAUGAAAUCUAAUUACAAAGGGUAAUAGUCAAAUGUAUUAAUCAUCUGCCAAUUUCUUUAAAUCUGUUUUGAGCCCCCUCAGGAAAAAAUAUGCUAUAUUAAAAUAUGGAUUAUUUUGAUGAUGGAUUUCAAAUCCUUCACUGUAUGUUAAUGUGGCCUGUGUUGACACAAGGCUAGCGUGUUUUUUUCCCCUUGGUUUAUCUAUGGUCUACAAGAAAUUAUUAAAGGCCGUCACCUCUAAAAAGAGGGUUAUAUAUUCCUUCUUUCAAUCCAAUGUGCAUCUGGUGUUGUUAAACAAAAACUGUGUGAAUGUGGGAGUGGAGUAAAUUAUCUUGUUUACAAGUAUACUACAUAAUGAUCUGUUUCUUUUUGGACAUUGACUGAUGUGAUGUAUUAGCUGUAUCCUCUUUAGCCAUAAAUAAUGCAUUGGCUCCUACAUAUUGUCAUUUGCAGUGAUGUCAGCUCUAGAGCAAUGCCGCUAGUUCUGGAGCAGAUUGAUUAAAACAUGAGCCUCUAAAAGAUUUGUAUGAUUUUCUUGAUCUAAGAAGGUUUUAAGGUGAAUAGAAAGAAUAAGAAUCGCAUGCACCCAAAUAAAUGCAAUUAUUAAUAUUACAAAAACAAUACACAUUAUGUACAAAAUUUAAGGCUGGCAAAAUACAAACAAAAUACACGUUUCUGAAAAAUUAAAAAAAUUGUAAUUAGUCUAAAGUUAGCCAGUCGGAUCAUGUUUUAGCAUAUUUUCUAUGAAUCUUUGCUCGGAAUCUUCGAUAUGGAGAACAAGAUUAUCAUGUGAUCAUUUUAUGUCCUACUUUUGCUACAUACAUAACUUCUGUAAUGUUAUUUAUAAAUAAUGUAUAAUAGUUUGUAUACCUUAAGGGAAGUUAAAUAUAUCCAGCUGAUAACUUGAACUCUUCUAGAGUAGUGAAAUAUAUCAGUGAAAUAGCAUGAGCAGUUACGAGAUCUGAGUUAUAGUCUGUCAGUUUAAUAAUAUGAGCAUCCCCAGGGAAGACAUAUAUAUAUGUCUGAUAAAAUGAGUUUCACAUGGUGAGCUAUAGCAGAAGAAAAAGUUUGAGUAUUUCCCAGAUAUUGGGGUAUGUUCAAGAGAGUCCCUACAAAUAAAUCCCUCCAAUGAUGUAACUCAAGCAUCUCCCCAACCGAAGUGAAUUUUGUAAGUCAGAUGGCAAAAACAUUUCUAGGAAAGUGUGAUAUAUCAGCAAGAUAGUUGGACCACCGCACCGUAAGUCAACUAUGUUGGUGAGGUUUCAUGGACACGUCAUGAUUCUGCAUUAUUUUGUGGUUAUGGUACCGUUACUAAACUGUCCUGAUAUCUUGUUAACAUUUUAUACCUGUUUUGUGCUGGAUGUAUGUUUUUCCAUUGUUUAUUUUUCAAUUUUAAAAUCCUAAACAUCUUGAAUAAAAAAAGAAGUAACCCAGUGUAAACAUGCACUAUCCGAGACCGUAUGCUACCAGGUGGGAAAUUAAAUCUUGUUACCUUAUCAAGAUCACAUACUACAAAAUAAAAGACCCACAGCACAAAAAAUACAAUAUAUCACAUUGAAUCAAUAUACAACAUAAAUUGCAAAGCGGAAGUACAUUGCAAACGUAUACUCAGUAAGUACACCUCACCAUAUUAAUAAAGUGCACCAAGGUUAUAUUCAAGUAUCACCAUAUUAAUAAAGUGCACCAAGGUUAUAUUCAAGUAUCACCAUAUUAAUAAAGUGCACCAAUGUUAUAGUCAAGUAUCACCAUAUUAAUAAAGUGCACCAAGGUUAUAUUCAAGUAUAUGACCAAUUAUACUGACCUAGGGCUGGAGACCAGAAUUCCUCAACGUUUCAACUACUGCUUUUGUCAGGGGAGUCUCACUAACUAAUGGUCUCAGGUACCUUAUGUACCAAACUAAAACCAGUGUGUCCACAAAUUUUCCUAAAUCCAGUGCUCUGAUAGGGGCUAGAUUAAGAAUCAGGUGUAAUCCAUAAGGUGAAUUCAUGGAGUAUUGGGUGUCUAUAGUGUUCUUUUAAUUCUAUCCUUAAACAAUUUGCUAAAUUUCUGUUUUUGCAACAACAAAAAAAUACAAAAGAUACAAAUAAAUAACCAAUAACUUUAUUGGAAACAAUAUCUACAGAACCUGGUAAUACCUCUUUGGACAGAGAAUUCCACAUCCUUAUUGUUCUUAUUGUAAAUAAUCUUUUCCUCUGCUGUAAGCGAAAAUGCUUUCUCACUAUCUCAGUGGAUGACCACUUUUUCUGUUGUGUAUUCCCACUAAAGAACAGGUUAGCACAUAGUGGUUUGUACUGAACCUUUAUAUAUUUCUAUAAAGCUAUCAUAUCACCUCUGAGAUGCUUGUUACUAGUUUUUCUUUGUAACUAAUAGGUUUCGUAGUAUACCGAUUGGUCUAUUUCUGUGCCCCUUUUGGUUUAUCUGAAACAUUUCCCCCAAAAAACAGUUGCAUGGGUAUAAUUCUUCCAGGUAAAAAUGCCACAUGAACUAACCCUGAAUUGACUGUAACAAUUAUUAUUAUUUUUUUUAGACGAAUCAAUUAUGCAAAACCCAAUUUUUUAACUGUGGACAAAUCUAAGGGAUAUAGAUAAAGUGGGAUUGCUGUAGGACCCACACAGAAGUAAUGUAUAUCACAAAGACAUCUUGAUGGUAUCUAACCUCAAAAUGUAUAAUUCCAUAUGAUCCACAAAUUAACCAAAGUUUUUCUUCUUCUAUGUACCAUUAUCUGAUCUUUGUGCCUGAGCUGUAUCCUUGAUAUAUUGACUGAAAGCAGAAUUAGACAGAACUCAAGGCAAAGUGUAAAAAAUUAUUAAGAACUUAAUUUAAUUUGAAUUGACUUCAUAUUUGUAUAAUACAGAGAUUUUUGCUUGUCCUAAAGGAAGCAAUAAUUAAGAGGCGGUUCACAAAAUAAAACAAGCUGUAUAACUGUUAUAAGACCUAUUAAAUUAAUCACACAAGCCCUCUGUGGAUUCCCUCUACAGGUCCCUAUUUAAAUCUUAUCACAGCCAAUAUUCAAGAUGAUGAUAUGGACCAAGGAGAAGGAUGGGUCACACCAGGAAGGCAUGCUGGCUAAUCCAGAUGGGGUCAGUGUUCCUGGAUAUUCCUGACAAACCCCAUCCUGGAGACUUUAAUUGACCUCCAGUUGCACAUGAAGAUUAGGAUUUCUUAUAGUAUCACCCUUAAAUAUCACCCUUAAAUUACACAAGCACAUAUAACUAGAAUAGAUCAUUCAAGCCUUGGGCUGGUGAGAUUCUCAUUAGGAUCAGUCGACAGAGCUUUUGUGUCUAUAUACUCUAUAUACAGUUGCAAGAAAAAGUAUGUGAACCCUUUGGAAUGAUAUGGAUUUCUGCACAAAUUGGUCAUAAAAUGUGAUCUGAUCAUCAUCUAAGGCAACAUUUCAUUCUUUAUGUGUUAUUACUUUAAGCAGACUGUGAUUAUCUAUUGUUAUGACUUAGAUGAUGAUCAGAUCACAGUUUAUGACCAAUUUGUGCAGAAAUCCAUAUCAUUCCAAAGGGUUCACAUACUUUUUCUUGCAACUGUAAUUUUAGGCAUCACUAGUAGUUCAGGAUCAGAAAUUUUACAAAUAUAAAGUAAUGCUAUAGGCACCGAGACCACUUCAGCUUAUUUAAUUGGUCUGUGUUCAGUGUCCCGGGUCCCUUAACCCUUAUUAGGAAAUCCUAAUAGGAGCGUGGCCAAUGCCGCGCAUGCGCAUUAGGUCUCCCCCGCUGACUGACGUAGGUGGGAAGGAGCGAAGGCGGACCCGAGUCAUCGCCAAGGGACAUUGGCACUUGUCUGAGGUAAGUGACAGAAGGGUUUUUAAACCCAUUCUGCACCACGGUAGGAGGCAUGAUGGAGGUGAAAGCUUUAGUUGCAGUGUUAAAAUGCCUCUACUGGAUGUCACACCGAGAGCCACUAGAGGCGUAUCUGCAGAAAUAGUAAAACUUGGGUUUUACAUCGGAGACCAUAUGUUUGGCGCAGCGUGUCAUUUUCUGCAUGCACACUAGCCUCUCAAUGAUUUUCGAUCGCGAUAAUCUCAGCCAAGGAGGCUGGAUGGCAGCAAGGAAAAUGGCAUUGCGAGGGAGAAAAGGUAAAUAAAAUGGCCUUUUUCUUUCACAAAGUGGGGGCCAGGAACCUAAACUUUCAUCAGGGCCUAUAGGACUAGGAAUACAUAUUUGUAUUCCUAACAUUUAUAUAGUCCUUUAAUUUAUUUUUUAUUCAUGCACUGUAUAUUGAAAUUUUUGAAGCAAUCACUUGCCUAACUUUCCCACUCCUGAAUCCUGGAACAUCCGCAUUAGCAAUUCCAGUGAGAGAGGGCAGGUGCCUUGAUGACCCCUGACUUUGUCAAAUGCUUGAAUACAGUUUGACAAAGUAACCAUUGCAUCGGCAUGUAGUGUUUAGAUUGUUCCUUUAAUAAAGGAGUAAGUUCACACCUGGUCUCCCUCCAUCAUCCAGGUGAUCAGGACUAAAUAGUGACCCCCUUGUGCCCAGCAGUCCAUACCCCAACCUUUACAUUUUUCACCAUUUUUACAUCUUACAAGUAAAAUAAAUACAUAUUCUGAUCUUGUCCCCUAUUCCAUUAUUCUGUAACUUAUAUCAGAUUUUGUUUACACUGUCAGUUAAAAAAAGGAUCAAAAGAGAUUUCAGGGUUAUAAAGGUGAUACUCAAAAAAUUAGUAUAUCGUGCAAAAGUUAAUUUAUUUCAGUAAUGCAACGUAAAAGGGGAAACUAAUAUAUGAGAUAGACACAUUACAUGCAAAGCAAGGUAGUUCAAGCAGUGAUUUGUCAUAAGAGCGAUGAUUAUGGCUUACAGCUCAUGAAAACCCAAAAUCCACAAUCUCAGUAAAUUAGAAUAUUGAGGAAAGGUGCAAUAUUCUAGGCUCACAGUGUCCCACUCUAGUAAGCUAAGUAAGCCAUAACACCUGAAAGGGUUUCUGAGCCUUUAAAUGGACUCUCAGUCUGGUUUACUAGGAAUCACAAUCAUGGGGAAGACUGCUGACCUGACAGUUGUGCAGAAAACCAUCAUUGACAACCUUCAUAAGGAGGGAAAGCCUUAAAAGGUAAUUGCAAAGGCAGUUGGAUAUUCCCAAAGUGCUAUAUCAAAGCACAUUAAUAGAAAGUUAUGUGGAAGGGAAAAGUGUGGAAGAAAAGGGUGCACAAGCAGCAGGGAUGACCUCAGCCUGGAGAGGAUUGUCAGGGAAAGGCCAUUCAAAUGUGUUGGGGACUUUCACUAGGAGUGGACUGAGGCUGGAGUCAGUGCAUCAAGAGCCACCACACACAGACGGAUCCUGGAUAUGGGCAUCAGAUGUCGUACUCCUCUUGUCCAGCCACUCCCGAACAACAAACAAGCGUCUUACCUGGGCUAAAGAAAAACAGACCUGGUCUGAUGCUCAGUGGUCCAAGGUCCUCUUUUCUGAUGAGAGCAACUUUUGCAUCUCAUUUGGAAACCAAGGACCCAGAGUCUGGAGGAAGAAUGGAGAGGCACACACUGAAAGAUGCUUGAAGUCCAGUCUGAAGUUUCCACAGUCUGUGUUGAUUUGGGGAGCCAUGUCAUCUGCUGUUGUUGGUCCACUGUGCUUCAUUAAGUCCACGGUCAACGCAGCCGUUUACCAGGAGAUAUUGGAGCACUUCAUGCUUCCUUCCGCAGAUGAGCUUUAUGGGGAUGCUGCAUUUUUCAGCAGGACUUGGCACCUGCCCACACUGCCAAAAGCACCAAAGCCUGGUUCAAUGACCAUAGGAUUACUGUGCUUGAUUGGCCAGAAAACUUGCCUGACCUGAACCCCAUAGAGAAUCUAUCGGGCAUUGCCUAGAGAAAGAUGAGAGACAUGAGACCGAACAAUGCAGAAGAGCUGAAGGCCGCUAGUGAAGCAUCCUGGUCUUCCAUAACACCUCGGCAGUAAUUGCUGCAAAAGGGGCCCCAACCAAGAACUGAGUCCAUAUGCAUGCUUAUACUUUUCAGAGGUCUGAUAUUGUUCUAUGUACACUCCUUGUUUUAUUGAUUGCAUGUAAUAUUUAAUUUACUGAGAUUGUGGAUUUUGGGUUUUCAUGAGCUGUAAACCAUAAUCAUCGCACUUAUGACAAAUCAUGGCUUGAACUAUCUUGCUUUGCAUGUAAUGCGUCUAUCUCAUAUAUUAGUUUCUCCUUUUACGUUGCAUUACUGAAAUAAAUAAACUUUUGCACUAUACAGGGAGUGCAGAAUUAUUAGGCAAAUGAGUAUUUUGACCACAUCAUCCUCUUUAUGCAUGUUGUCUUACUCCAAGCUGUAUAGGCUCGAAAGCCUACUACCAAUUAAGCAUAUUAGGUGAUGUGCAUCUCUGUAAUGAGAAGGGGUGUGGUCUAAUGACAUCAACACCCUAUAUCAGGUGUGCAUAAUUAUUAGGCAACUUCCUUUCCUUUGGCAAAAUGGGUCAAAAGAAGGACUUGACAGGCUCAGAAAAGUCAAAAAUAGUGAGAUAUCUUGCAGAGGGAUGCAGCACUCUUAAAAUUGCAAAGCUUCUGAAGCGUGAUCAUCGAACAAUCAAGCGUUUCAUUCAAAAUAGUCAACAGGGUCGCAAGAAGCGUGUGGAAAAACCAAGGCGCAAAAUAACUGCCCAUGAACUGAGAAAAGUCAAGCGUGCAGCUGCCACGAUGCCACUUGCCACCAGUUUGGCCAUAUUUCAGAGCUGCAACAUCACUGGAGUGCCCAAAAGCACAAGGUGUGCAAUACUCAGAGACAUGGCCAAGGUAAGAAAGGCUGAAAGACGACCACCACUGAACAAGACACACAAGCUGAAACGUCAAGACUGGGCCAAGAAAUAUCUCAAGACUGAUUUUUCUAAGGUUUUAUGGACUGAUGAAAUGAGAGUGAGUCUUGAUGGGCCAGAUGGAUGGGCCCGUGGCUGGAUUGGUAAAGGGCAGAGAGCUCCAGUCCGACUCAGACGCCAGCAAGGUGGAGGUGGAGUACUGGUUUGGGCUGGUAUCAUCAAAGAUGAGCUUGUGGGGCCUUUUCGGGUUGAGGAUGGAGUCAAGCUCAACUCCCAGUCCUACUGCCAGUUCCUGGAAGACACCUUCUUCAAGCAGUGGUACAGGAAGAAGUCUGCAUCCUUCAAGAAAAACAUGAUUUUCAUGCAGGACAAUGCUCCAUCACACGCGUCCAAGUACUCCACAGCGUGGCUGGCAAGAAAGGGUAUAAAAGAAGAAAAUCUAAUGACAUGGCCUCCUUGUUCACCUGAUCUGAACCCCAUUGAGAACCUGUGGUCCAUUAUCAAAUGUGAGAUUUACAAGGAGGGAAAACAGUACACCUCUCUGAACAGUGUCUGGGAGGCUGUGGUUGCUGCUGCACGCAAUGUUGAUGGUGAACAGAUCAAAACACUGACAGAAUCCAUGGAUGGCAGGCUUUUGAGUGUCCUUGCAAAGAAAGGUGGAUAUAUUGGUCACUGAUUUGUUUUUGUUUUGUUUUUGAAUGUCAGAAAUGUAUAUUUGUGAAUGUUGAGAUGUUAUAUUGGUUUCACUGGUAAUAAUAAAUAAUUGAAAUGGGUAUAUAUUUGUUUUUUGUUAAGUUGCCUAAUAAUUAUGCACAGUAAUAGUCACCUGCACACACAGAUAUCCCCCUAACAUAGCUAAAACUAAAAACAAACUAAAAACUACUUCCAAAAACAUUCAGCUUUGAUAUUAAUGAGUUUUUUGGGUUCAUUGAGAACAUGGUUGUUGUUCAAUAAUAAAAUUAAUCCUCAAAAAUACAACUUGCCUAAUAAUUCUGCACUCCCUGUAUUCUAAUUUUUCGAGUAUCCCCUGUACAUCUGGAUUUGCAAUAUCUGUUGAAAAUCACAGGAUUUACCCUAGAUUUACUGCUUGGAUAGUUAAUAAAGGUAAAUCCAAGGUUAACAUGGUAACUUUCUACAAAAGUUCCCAUUCUCUUCAGAACAAUUAUGUCUGGUAGAAAUUCAUCAAUUAUAUAUGAUUCACAUUUUUAUCAGGUGCCAAAACAUUACUGCUGCAAUUUAUUCAAGUAAAAGGUGUGUUUGCAUAAUACAUUCACCUGCUUUUUAUAGAUGUAAAAAUGGCAGCUUUCUAGCCUGUAUUUUUGGAUGGUGUAGGCAGUUUAGACAACCCAAACCAGACUCUCAAAAUGGUGAAGAAUAUGCAAGAAAAGAGAAGUGCCAAAUAUAGUGUAGUAACUUUAGUAUACAUAGAUUAGAAAAAUAAAAGAAAUGCACUUACAGUGUAUAGAGCUUGAAAUAGCUCUAUUUUUUCCGCUUGGGCGGUACAAUCCCUACCUUGGAUAUUCUUUGUCUUCUUGCAGUCCAGUACCAAGUGCACUAAACUUUACUGACUAAAGAUUAUGAAAAAUAAACACAAAGAUAAAUCCCAUUCUAGUGCAGUAUAUCAGAGAAUAGGGAUACAGUAAAAUAUAUAAGUGGAGAAGCACUCACAAAUUAUGGAGCCUCCGAGUGGUUCCCAGAAAGCAGCUGUAAGUUGUAUAAUCCUCACUUACAGAGUUUGUUCAUUUAUAGGCAAUCCAGUAUUAAACAUAUGCAGAUAAAAACAAGAAAUAAAAAUAUAGUGCUCUCUGUUAGUAAUAAAACAUGUAAUAAAAUAUUGGAGAGGUACUCACUGCCAUGGAGCAAAAUAUCAGUUUUGCUUAGUCCACAGUGCCCAGGUGGUAUGUUCCCCACCAAAGGAAUAAGUGGUCCAGCUCCAAGGUAAGAAAACAGGGUAGGUCCGGCGAAGUUAUAAAAUGAAGCUACUUUUUUAUUAUCUAAAAUAGAAAAACUGUUAAAACAUUAUAAUUAGCAAAAACACUAACGUGUUUCUCCUUCAAAAAGGCUUUGUCAAAGUACAGAACUCUCAAACUUUGCAGCCAGCACACAAAUAGCUCAUAAAUAAAUCAAGUAAUUAAUUGAAGCAAACUGAAGUCCCAGGACCACUUAUUAACUAUGACAGAUACAGAGAUUAUGCUGUUUUAACUGCUCACACCAGGCCUGAUACUUUUACGAAUAAAGUCAUUUUUGUUUCCAUACAUGAUUGAGUCUGGAUUCUUGUUUCUGUAAUAGAUCCAGUAUUUUGUCAAGUUAUGUUAUAGCAGGAACAAACACGAACACGCCACAAAAAUGCGUAGAUUCAGAUGCUGCAGAAAAAAUUAAUUAAUAGCAGUUCCCAUCUAUAAACCCAUCAAUUGCCUGAUUAAUCUAGCAGCUCAUUAUUAUUAAUGUUGCUAUUAUAAACUGGACUGUCUUUUGAUGAAGACACAGCAGAGGGGGGCAGCCCUAUAUUAACUUUUAUUUUUAUACUGUUGGCAGGGCCGGCCUUAGGCAAUUAGGCGCCCUGUGCAAAAAGUCUUUACGGCGCCCCCCCCACCUCCCACCAAGUUGCCUGAAUACAGUAACACACACAGGCACCGGGGACGUGUGUAUCACGAGGCAAACAAGGCAUCUGCAUUGGGCGCCACUUUGCAGGGGGCGGCAAAAAAAAGCAUCCCUCCAAACCCCCGGGCAGAUCCCUUGCUUGCCUCGCAUCCUGGGGGGCUCAAGAGCUGACCGGCUGGCCACUUUUGAGCCCCCCCAAGGCUGGCAGCGGGCAGCGAAGGAGCAUACUCACCUGAGCUCUUCCUGCUCAGCUUCCUCUGCGCCGCUUAAUGAAGCCGGGAGCCAGAAUAUGACGUCAGUCCGGCUCCCGGCAUCACUAAGCGCUGCUUACUCAGCCUGUGCGCCCCCUGCCUGCCUGCCCAGCAGCCACACUGGACUGCUGGUAAGAAAUCCACUCCAGCUUUCCCAGGGAGGCUGGGUGGAUUUAAAAUAAAUGUAAAAAAUAUUAGUUUGUGAGUGUUAGUGGAAAUGUCUGUGUGUGUGUCUGUGAGUGUUUAUUUUGAAGUGAAUGUGUGUGUGUGUGUGUGUGUGUGUCUGUAAGUGUGUAAUUGUGUGUGUCUGUAAGUGAAUGUGUGUGUGUCUGUGAGUGAAUGUGUGUGUUGGUCAGUGAGUGUAUAUGUGUCAGUCAGUGAGUGUGUGUCAGUGUGAGUGUGUAUGUGUCAGUCAGUGAGUGUGUAUGUGUCGUCAGUGAGUGUGUAUGUGUCGUCAGUGAGUGUGUGUCGGUCAGUGAGUGUGUGUCAGUCAGAGUGUGUGUCAGUCAGUGUGUAUGUGUCGGUCAGUGGAGUCGUGCAUCUUUCAGUGAGUGCUUGCGUCUGUCAGUGAGAGUGUGCAUCUGUCAGUGUGUGUCCAAGUAAUAGUGUAUGUGUGUAUGUCAUUGUUUGUCAGUGUAUAUGAGAGUGUGUGUCUGUCAGUGAGUGUGCGUCUGUCAGUGAGUGAGCGUCUGUCAGUCAAAGUGCGGCCUUGACAGGAAGGGGUGGGGGAAAUUUAAACUCGGUUACAGGCAUGUACACACACACUCAGUUAAAGGCAGUCACACAUACAGGCACAGGCACAAACAAUGGCACAGCUACAGCGACACACACAGACAGACAGUCACAUAGGCAGUCACACACACAGACAGACACACAGUAACACACAGAUAGACAGUUAUACACACACAGGCAGGCAGUCACACAGAUAGAAAGUCACACACACAGGCAGGCAGUCACACACAGACAGAUAGUUACAGACAGACACACACAGGCAGUCACACACACAGACAGACAGUCACACACACAGACAGUCACACACAGGCAGGCAGUCACACACAGAGACAGUCACACACAGAGACAGACAGUCACACACACACACACACAGGACAGGCAGUCACACAGACACACACACACACACACAGACAGUCACACGCACACAGGCAGGCAGUCACACAGACAGACAGUCACACACACACACAGACAGACAGUCACACAAACAGGCAAACAGUCACACACACACACUUACCUCUUUCCAGUGGAUGCAGUUGGCUGAUGGGGAAGCAUCUUUCCCUCUUCCUGUACAGCAGGGGCUUCGGGAGGUAUUAGCCCCGUCUCCGCCUCUCGAUAAGCCCCGCCUCCGCCGCUCGGUAAACCCCGCCCCCUCUGCCGCGAUUUUUUUUUUUUUUUUUAAAUAGACCCGGGUGGAGAAUAAUUAAUCCUCCAGCCAGGUACCUCUUUUAGCUCCCCUGCACUCCGGCCAUGAGUGAGCUGUGUCGGCCACAGGGCGCCCCCUGUUCCAUGGCGCCCUGUGCGGUCGCACAGCUCGCACACCCCUAAGGCCGGCCCUGACUGUUGGGGUUAUGGCUUCAUGUUCUGAAAAGUGGUGCAAACAUGAGGAAGAGACAGUGUCACCAAUGGAAUGGCCCUGCCGGUUUCCACGGUAACUGUUCCACCUUAAGAACUUUCCACCUGAAGCAGACUUUUUAUACACAACUCUCAUUAUUCCUAUUUUUUUUAAAUGAAGAUAUGAUGUUUAUUUACAUGCUAAACAUGAAAAGAAAUGUGAAGCGAUGAAAGUGGCCUUAAAAUGCUUUAUUAACUAAGUAACAUUAAAUUAUUGUUAUAGUAUUAAUUUGCAAAAUUUAAUUAUCACUUCAAAUCUAUUUAGUUGUAAAGUAUUCACUUGUUUCAGAGUUUAUUCCCUAACUUGCUUUACACAAAGAAGCCAUUACAAGUAAAGGCAACCAUAAAGCCAGCAAAGGGUCCAGCAGAUGGCGCAGUAUUUACAAAACAGCGUUAAUCUAGAAACAAACGGAAGGAGGAAGAAGAUUCUGGAAGUGACUGGAAAUAAUCAGGCACUUUAUAUACAGUAUACAGAGCUUGCUUGCUGUCUGAGAAUAAGAAAGGCUGACAGAGCAUCUGGGUUCCUACAGCAGAAGGCAGGAUCCAAGGAGUAUCUGAUCAAAAUCAUUUAUCAAGAAAGCCAAAGGUAUUCUAAAGAACAUCCUUAACGUUCCAAUCAUUGAUUUAAUAACAGGGCACAGCAGAACUAUGUGUUGGUUUAUUUUAUUACUAUGUAUUUAUAUGCUUGUAUAUAUGAUAUAAUAUUUUGGGUGGGAUUCUUGUUUCCAGUGAUUCAUUUGUAACAUUGGAUUAUGUUCUAAAUUCCAGCAUGGCAGCUGUAUGUAUGUACUUUGAAACCCCUUGUUUGGUAAUCAUUAUCAUCUGUUAAUUAUUUUAUAAAUACCGAGUUCAUGUUUAUUGCAGUAUAGCCUCACUGCCCAGUUAAUAAAAAAAACAAAAACAUCUGCAUAGAUUUGUGUCAGAUCUCCCCAGCCUUGUCUAUUAUAACAGUAAAUCUAAAGCCAUGCUGUGACCCGGAAGUAGCGCUAAAAGCAGGGCAUGCCGGUAUUUGUAGUAGAAUGGAGCCCUAGAUAUCCAAAUAGAAAAUCUUCAUCUGUUAUCUUAUUGUAGUAAAACGAAUUUAACUUAAGGCCAACAUGAAGAAUAUUCAUUUCCACUCUCUUCUUCACUGAGGGGUUUCUCAGUGUGACAGCUUUUGAUAAAUACUAAAACGUGAAUAGAGAAGGAAAUUGCAAAAUAUUUGAUAAAACUUGAGUGAAUAUCUUUUUUUUUUUUUUGUCACUAUUUGACAACUUUUGCUUACAUUCUGCAAUUUUUAGUUUUCAAAUUCGAAGAGUUUACUGUUUAGUACAUGUAUCCAAAUGUAAAUGCUAAAACACUUUAAUGGAGACAUUUUUGUAUCUUGUAGCAAAAAAGAGCAAAUUAGGACUUAAAGUCACUUUUUUGUAUGUAAAUGCUGGUUAACAAAUGAUGCUGAAAAUAAAUAUGAAAUGCCAACAUAUUGUAACUUGGAGUAAUAAUAGUCAAUAGCAGCUUUUUUUUUUUUUUCUUUAUCUAUUUAUUUUGAGUAGAUAAGGAUUUGCCAUGGCUGAUGGAGGGAAUGAGGGAAGGCCGCAUCGGCAAAAUCUUCAGGGACUGCUUCAUAUGGCCAUAGAAGCUGGCACAGAAUCCGACUCCACAAACCAGAUGGGACAGAUGUCUGAAGAGGUAUGGUAAAAAUAAAAAUGAAUGGUACCUUCUGGAGCUCCUUAAAGGGCUACUCCAAGCACAAUGAGCACUUUAGUGAUUUGCUGCCAAAGGUGUAUCUCUGCCGCUGGCAGCGUUUGUGGAGCUUCAUAGCGAGCCCUGGAUGAGAAUCUAAUGUCAUUUUUUUUGUGUAUUUUUCAUGCACAGAGCUGCAUUCAUUGGCUGAGAGCUGUCAGUUGAUUCUCUCAGCCAGUGAAUGGUUGGCGAGAUUGGCAUCUGGCUUAUGCAGCGCUGCCGGAUGCACAUCACCAGCCAUAGAGGACCCUCUGCACCUGGCGUGGACCCAAGUAAGAGGGCAAUCCUUUACAAAACGGUUUGCUACUUUACCUCGAAAUAUGGCCAGUAUGCUCCUAACACCAUAGCCAGUGCCACUACAUAAUUUUACGUUUGUCUGCAAUGCAAUUUGUACACAGAUUUGCAAUGAUAUGAUGUUUAUUCACAACUUGCAAGCUAUGCUAUUCUAGAUAUUUUUUUUAUUUAAAAUAUUCUUGGUAGUGAAGGGGUUCGGGGCCAUUCCCCUAUACCAGCAUAAUAUUCUUUAACAUUAUUUGGAUGUUGGUUAACCUUCCUUCUCCCCCACAUGGUGAUGACCCUUACUCCAAGUUUACUUUUAACAUCACUGCUCACAUCACUAUCCUGGACUUCCCUAUUGUAGGAAUCAUAAUACUUAUUUUUUAUUAUUUAUUAUACACGGUGUAUUAAUACCAUGCUCAGUUGUUCUGUUUAUGUGCCAUCGCUAUUAAAAAUAAAAGCACCAUAACCUUUACAGCCUGCUGGGCCUACUGGAUCUUUAUGAAGAAUCUGGAAGCAGGGCUGCAGGUACACAGUGGGACCCAAGUAAGUUGUCAAACUGUUCUAAAAUAGUUUGGCAGAUUUCACUUGGAGGGUACCAGGAUAUUCCUGACAUCAUAAUCGUUACAGCAGAAUGUAGUGGUUAUGGUGCUUGGAAUAUUUGCCUUUUAAAUUUCCUAAUUAUACUGCUAGUGUCAGUAGCAGGUAGAUUGUUCCUUGCCAGGAAGAGGCUCCACCACUCAGAAUCAUCUCUUUCUUUUUAUCCCAUAAAACUCUGUUCACUAGGACAAUAUGGGAUAAUUUUUGUUAUCCUAGAUAAGCAGUUCCAUUCAUUACACAGCAUAAGUGGAACUGGUUUAUAAUCAGACUGCAGCUACACUAAUACUGAUACCAAUUUACACACAGCACAUGUAGUGCUGCAGACUGCGGGGGACAAUUGGCAGAGGUUUGGUCUCUGCACGUAUGAUAUAGACAACUGACACAGCCAGCAGUGUACUGAGAGUUUUGGCUGCCUAUUUGACAGCUCUAGGAGGGGUGUUAUAACUGCAACAAUUUUCACAAAUCAUUGUAUUUAUAAGCCUCUCUAGGAACUGAGGUGUUCUCUCUGCACCAUAAACUUUGCAAUAAUGCAAAGUUGAUAUGUUUCUUGUGAAGUGAGAUGUGUGCCUCCCUGACCUACAAAAAUUAUAAGGACACUAUAGGUAUCAAUUGAAUCAAUGAUUUUCUCUGGGGACUUUGAAGAUGCCGGACAUCUUCAUGCAAAUCGUGAGGAUGUUCGACGUCAUUUCAUGGGGUUAAACUCAUUAAAAAGCCAGGAAGCUAGACAGCCACUACAGGCAAUCUUAACCCUGUAAUGUAAACAUAGCAAUUUCUCUGAAACUGCAGUAGGGACAUUUCAUCCAGACCACUUCAAUGAGAUGAGGUGACCUGAAUGCAUAUACUGUCCACCCAGACCACUUCAAUGAGACGAGGUGGCCUGGAUGCCUAUAUUGUCCUUUUUAAUUUUAAGACGUACAUUUUACAAAGAGAAUAUACAGUUAAAAUUAUAAUAGUUUACACAUUUAACCAAAUCAGAUUGCAAGGAAAAGGGACUCUAAAUUCACAUUUUAAAUGUAUAAACUCUAAGCCACUAACUCUAGCUUAUCAGCUGUUUUGCCAUGUUAAGAGAUGGAUGUGCAUGAAAUAAACAAGAUGGUUUAUUCAUUGUACUCCGAGUUGUUGUGAACUGAAAUCUGAAAGGCCAAAUUUGGCAAAAAAUUAUGUUUUUAGAAAAAUUCUCCAUCACUCUUACUCGAUUAUAGUCACAGCUUGGAUGCUUUAGCCCAGGGGUAAGCAACUUUCAGCACUCCCGAUGUGGACUACUUAAUGCUCUUCCAGCCAUAAUGCCGGCAAGUCCUCAUGAGCGAUGGAGUCCAUAACAUCUGGAGUGCCAAGGAUUGCCUAUCAGGGUUAUUUACAUCAGUAAGACUUGCUGUGAUUCAAAGUGAAUUUCAAAUUUCAGCCAAAGUAGCCAAACUGGGAAAUUCUCCAAUCUGCUAUGCUUCCAGAUCAGUUAUUUUGGCCUUAAAUGUAAAAUUUAUUUUGAUUGUCAACAAUUCUCACUUUACUAAUAACAAUGUAAUUGUUACAAUUUUGUUUGAAUGAACGCGAAGGGCAGAUUAGUUUGAAUGUGAGUGUGGUUAAAAGGACAUGCUCCUGCACAUAUGGUGGUCUUGUCCGAUUAUAGAGCCUUUUUGGAGGGACAUCCAAAUGACUGAGAUUCAGGGAGGGUAGGGGGACAGCAUCACCCUUUUUGACCAAGAGUAUCCUCUUUCAUGGGGCUAUGCUGCUUCUCUCUCUAGAUACAAAAAAAAUCUAUACUUAGAUUUUUAUUGAAUGCCGCCAAAUCACUUGUUCCAUUAUAUUCGAAGUCAACAGAAAUGCCCACACACAAAAUGUUAGACAGAGUAUCUGAUAUUGAGACACCAGAAGCCACGAGAGCUUCCCUACGAGGCCAAUCAGAAAACAUUCCAGGCUGUGGCUCUCAUGGCUAGACUAUAUUUAUAAUGGUACUAGACUAUCAACAACUUGCAUAGGAGUUAGCCAAGGAUAGACUUUAUGGCAUGGAGUUCCAGACACUCUACCGAUUCUUACCUCACACUCACUCUUUCCUUCCACCUCCACUUACCCCCUUCCACCCCCUUUUUUAUUUUUCCUUAAAUUACAGUAUGAAGAAAUACCUUUGACAAAGUGAGAAAAGCAGUUUAAAACAUAGCAGAGAUAUAUGAUGACAAAUGAGGGUUGGAUAUAGGACAAGGUACAAGAGUAUUAAGCUACACCCAAAAAUAUGUUCUUGUGGGAGAUUGUGUUGAUUGUACAUGAAACUAAAAAUAUGAGAAAGGGAAAGAAAAGAAAAGACCACCCUCAAUUUUACUGUCCUAAUAUUAUAUAAUGACACAAAAUAAAGAUUGUCAGAAACAACCCAAAAAGAUUGUAAGCUUAUGUGGACAGGGUAUUCUUAACCUGUAUCUCAAACAUGUUUUGUUAGAAUUAAUUAUUGUGUUGUUUGAUCUAUCGUUUAGCACUGUGGAAUACGUUGGUGCUGUAUAAUUGUAUCUCCUCUCAUCAGUUUUCUAGUAUGAAGUCUUAGUGGAUGUCCCUGUGUUUAAGUGUGUGCUUAAUGCUUCUUACUGCAAAUGCCUUUUUCGAUGAAACCCAUCCUUUUAAAUGACUGAGCAUGCCUUUCAUGUCAGUGUACAUUCAGCGGACCUAGCAGAACUGGUUUAGUGUAGGAGGGAGAGGAAACUGUGUGGGAAGCUUCCUCCGACAGUGAGGUUUUUUUUUUUUUUUUUUUGUUUGAUUUUGGUAAGUUUAAGUGUAAAGCCUUUUCUCAUUCUUCCUAUAUAGUGCCUCAAAAUAUAAUCCUUAACAUUUAAAGAUAUAAAGAUGCUAAUAAUGGAAUUAUGGUGAACAAGGCAGUGAACAGAUGUUGUCAGGGUUUUUUUCUUGGCCGUUCAUGUAGAAACUUGCAUACUGUGUUGUUUUCUUAUUGCAGUUCCCAUACAUUGAAAAUAUGUAGUGCUAAUGCUUCUGUUAUAGAAUUCAGUUGUAACAACUUCACAAAGAUUCGGUUGUAACAAAAUCAAAGAUUCUGUUAGAUGGUGGGAAAUGUAGUCUAGCAGUUUCUGGUAGACCGCAGUUGGACAGUUGUGGCUUGUGGGCUAAGCUCAAUGGGUCAAACGGAAGGUAUUUGCAGGAGCUUCCAUCUCCAGGGAAGGUGGUGAUGGACGCCCAACAGUGAUUGUGAACCUAUUUUUGGUCCUGGGUGCCUAAACUGCUACGGGAAACCUAUUUCCCAAGCUACUCUCUAUCAUCAUUUUUGCCACACUGUGCACUGUGUGUAAAUUCACUGUAUGUUCACUGUUUGACCUCAAAACAUUGCCCACCUUACACACUGUCCUCUUCUGCCAUCAUACUGCUGUAAUCUGCUUGAUCUCCAUGCAGCCCUACAUUUCCCCAAGUCUUAAAGUAUUUUACUAUUUUCCUACCUUAUCAAUACAAUGCAACAAGGGUAAGUAGCCCAUGGCGAGUUAGUGGAGAGAGAGAGAGAAUGAACUGAGCAUUACCCUGCCCUGAUCUCUCUGUUCCCUUCUGUUCUAUAGCCCAGUUCCAUCUAUUUGAAAUCAUUGCAGUGUUAAACAGAGCAGGGAAAUGCUCAGUUAUUUUGCCCACAAAGCACUGAGGAGGCCUGGAGCAAUUAAUAUUCCUGAUCUUUCAAAGGUCUUUAGGAUCUCGGCACUUCCGGAUGGCACAUGCACAAUGUUAGUGUAAGCCUGGCAAACAGAUAAAAUGAGAAGGGUUUUCAUUGGUUGUUUAUUUGAUACCCUUUGCUGUUGGCCUCUAUUGUGGGUGUGCAGGAGUCAGGGUGUAAGUAGCACCGAGGUGCAGCUUUCGUUGUGUAGCUGUGCUGUUGUCCUAACCUCAGCAGGCACUCUGUUAGCUUUCCUUGCCAGUUGUGGCAGUAGGCUUGCCAUCACUACCCUGGAUUUUCAUAAUUUGACAUUUUAAUCUGGUCUUGUGUACUGUUUGUCGGCUUUGGUUCUCCAGCUGAGAAUUAUAGGAAAUGUAGUCCAACAACACCUGCAGGACUAACGCUGGACACCUUUUGUGUUGAUACCAUGGCCAGCACAAGUAAUGAUCCCAUAUGUCUUUAGAGAAUGCGAAUGACUCUGUGACUGAAAAGCUGCAGUGAAUAUUUAGUGUUCUUUCUGUUGGAUUAUGUGUGGGAUGCAACAACAGAACUUUUUAUACCAAGGUUAGAUCGAGCACUUUCGAAAUAUUAAUCAUGUCUGCAUUAGUAUGUCAGUUGAGGACUGCUGCCAAAAUGGGUAUUAUGUUAAUACCCCUUUCUGGCUAACCUCCAUUUGGACGUUAAACAGGAAUUAUAUUUACAAAGGCUUUGCUUCUUAAGCAUGUACCAUAGCACAUUUGAUUUAAAAAAAAUAAAAUACAUAUAUAUUUUCUUAGACCAUGAACUGCUGUACCCUUAUCAAUAGAGUUCGACCGAUAUUGAUUUUUUGUUUUUUUUAGAGCCGAUACCGAUAAUCUGAACUUUCAGGCCGAUAGCCAAAGGCAAGUAUAGCGAUUGAGUAGUAAGUAAGCAGGCUAUGAUGCUUGUCUGAUGGAAAGAAAUUAAAACCACUAAGGCCCAUCAAGAAUAAAAACAUAAUACAUAUAACAGCUGCCUCAGAAGGUAAGAAAAUAAUAAUAAACAAAACAAGAUUUACAAUUCAGCCUGUGCACAAAGUAAGACACUUGUGUCCCAUAUGUUUAUGUAUGGCAUGUAUUAAAAAUAGAGCAUUGCCCAGGACUGUAAACUGGCGCCCUGAUAAGUGCUCUCAUGAUUUAGUCAAUCUACCCCCUGCAUAGGGAAUGCAAAGUCCAACAUGGCACACUGAGGCCUAUGUUGCUAUUGACCCUGAUCCAGCUGGUUCUCUGACUGCUUCCAACACCGUAGCUCCGUUUGAGCCGACCCAUUAGGGUAAGUCCCAGGUUGAGAUGGUGUGCUGGUGAUGUGACGGCUUGCACAGUUAGGCCAAUGAUAGGAUCGGCUCCGGGGCUUCCUGGCAAACCGAGGGGAAGGGAGAGUCUUGGUGGGCGGCACAGGUCUUCGGCUCUGCCCUGGCCCCGUUCCAGACCUCGAUUACAUGUCCCUCUGUGGUGGUACCACUGGAGUUUGCAGUCGUUAAGGUAGGUCAGUGGUUGGCAGUUCCAGUGUGGGGCUCUGCAUUCUGCUGGUCAACUUGGCCCAGAAUUCUUAGAACAGGGCUUGACAAACUUGUUUGGAAUAUAGGAGCCAGCUAAAAAAGUUAGGAGCCAGUAAUUUUCAACAAGGAAAUGCAAUUCUUAAAGGGACAAUAUAGUCACCAGAACCACUACAGCUUGAUGUAGUUGUUCUGGUGUCUAUAGCCUGUCCCUGCAAGCGUUUCAGUGUAAACACUGCCUUUUCUGCGAAAAAAGGCAGUUUACAUUGCUGCUUAGUAACACCUCUAGUGACAGUCACUCAGAUGGCCACUAGAGAGUCCUGGGUCACGUGCAACACCCAGGUUCAGUGUCUCCAAGCUCUGCAUGGAGGAGCUGAAUAUUCCUCAUAGAGAUUGAUUAAUGUAAUGCAUCUCUAUGAGGAGAUGCAGAUUGGUACAUUUGCUGCGCAUGCACAAAAUCCUCCCUAUGUUUUCCUAAGGGAUAGCAUUGCCUUAGCUGAGAUUAUAAAGAUUGAUCAUCUCAGCCAUGGCGAAACUGGCACGGUGUGGGAAAAACACCUUCCUCAUGCGAUCGGAGGAGCAGGUACCUAAGAGCGCACACACUGACAGGAUCUCACACACACACACAUAAACUCUUGACAGGCUCUCACACAUUCUUACGCUGACAACAGCCUUGCACACACACAUUCUGACACACUCGCACACACAAACUCAGACAGGCACUCAAACACACUCUCUUGACGGGCUCUCACACACAAAUACAGACACUCUGACAGGCUCACACAGGCUUACACACACACACAUUUUUAUUUGAAUUGAAACCCACGCAGCCUCCCUACCUUUGGGAGAGCUCAGAGGGUCUUUCCUGGGGUCCAGUGGGGCUGUACUCUUCCUGUGUGCGAGGGAGCAGUCCUCUGCCUGUAGCUCCUCUCUGCUCCCUCGCGAACUGUAAUGAUGCCGGGGCCGGAAUGACGUCAUAUUCCGGCUCCCAACAUCAUUAGACACCGCGAGGGAGCAGAGAGCAGCUGCAAGCAGAGAACUGCUCCCUCACGCGCCGCCCACAAUGCUCCUCAGGGCGGCUGCCUCCUCCGUGCUCCUCAGGGCGGCCGCCCGCCCGCCCACCUCCAUAUACCCACGGGCGGGUGGACACCUCCAUGUACCCGCUGGCGGCUGCCUCCAAUAUUCUCCAUGACAGCCUCCGUCAAAGCUCCCUCCCAAACUAUAGAGCAAUUUCUAGUCACCGUGGCGAUCUGGCGCCUGGGAUUUGUCGAGCCCUGUCUUAGAAGAUUCUGUCGAACCUAGAUUCAAGAUCGGGUUGCGGGCCCAGUGGACAUGAGGCAUCUGCCAUCUUAGGUGUGACUUUGCUUCUGAUGGUGGUACUGCAGGACCCAAGGUAGAUGUGUACUGGGAUAUCCCUCACCGGCAGAGGGUCCCCGCAAUCUGGGAGGCCAUACAUAGGCCACAGGAGCUUCCUGUGUAGGUUUAUUGUCAUACAGAGGGGAAAUGGUGCUCACACAGGCGUGGGGAAUUCUGAAGUGAAUUCAGGCUUGAAUAAGAGUAGCUGAGAGUCCAUAAAUGGUCGAAAAACACAAGAUUCUUUGCAGAGCUCAAACAAAGUGUGGCCACUCAGCAUGGCAGUCAAGCAGCGCCCCUCAACAGGUGUAGUUUUGCUGUUCAAGCAUACAAUAAUUUUACAUUUGCUAUCUGCUUUAUCUAAAAAUGAGGAUCAAAUAUACCCUGCUUAUUCCAUGCUUCUUGCAACGGUCCACAUGAAUGUCACUUCGUAGUGUCACUAGGAUGCAAGCCAAGAUGCAUGUCUCUUAUUCGAACCUAACACUUACCAAAAUGCCUUGCUAAAGGGGUUUUAAUGGAGCCAAAUACAAUUUUUAGAGGAUGGGGGUGUUAAAGUGGGACUGUCACUGACGGUGAUAUCGGCUCUAGGGGUCUGAUGGCCAGGGAGGGCAGGCAAAGGUGAGUUUAACUUACCUCAACCUGUACCUCGCAGACGCCGUCAUCUUAUUCGGUCGGUCACGCCAGGAGCCGAUGUAACUGUGUUACAUGUGCUUAAGUGCAGCAUUAACGUCUAUGGAGGAUCCCAUAAGACCGCAGGAUCCUCCAUAGAUAGAGCCAAUUCCAUGCAGCUGUUACUGGAGACCGCUGGGGGAUUGAAACUUCUAGACAGCGAUGGCUCCAUUCAAUGUCUAGAGGUAUCAAUCAUGGAAGAAAAUACUGAGAUAAAGUAGUCCCUAAAACAUAGAAGAGAGAGAAAGUCAUGUAAGGAUAGCACUCUCAGGACUUUGAAAUAAAACUUAGAUUUUAUUACCUUGUAAACAACAGCAUCAACGUUUCAGCUUGAUCCCCUCAAGCUUUCAUCAGGAUCAAGCUGAAACGUUGAUGCUGUUGUUUACAAGGUAAUAAAAUCUAAGUUUUAUUUCAAAGUCCUGAGAGUGCUAUCCUUACAUGGCUUACUGCAUUUUUGCUGGAGAAGCACCAGGCAAGGAACUGUAUUAGGUGGAGUGCAAGAUUCUUCAUAAUAUUAUUAUUAUUAUUAUUAUUAUUAUUAUUAUUAUAUUAUAUUAUAUAUAUAUAUAGUAAUUAAUUUGGUUGUGACAUAUUUAAUGUUAAUUAAGGAAAAAAAUAAUAAAAUAUAUAUAUAUAUAUAUAUAUAUGCCAUUCUUGUAGUGUGCUAAAUUAUCCUUAUUAAAUAGAUAUCCACAUGUUAAGUAAUCACUCCAUAAAUUCAUGUUCGCAUGUGUAGAAAAAAAAAAAUAAUUAUAUAUAUUCUGACCUUGUGCUCAAUUCCACAUCUCCUAUGUUAUGACUUAAUAUAAUCAUAAAAAGCAAAUAAAUUAGUUUGAAGUGACCUGUUCCUUCUAAAACCAUGUUGACACCAACUAAUGAUGAAGCACACUCUGAUCCCAGUGUGUCUAAGCUAAUAAUGCACUCGCUAAUUGUUCCUCAGAUUUUUAUGUUUUCCAGCUAUAAAUUUAGAUCUGCAAAGUGACCAUUAGCUCUCAUGCAUUUCUGACACUUCUAAUCCGUCCAAGCAUUUCAUCUCCAGAUGGAUUCACUCUAAUACUCUGUGUGAGUAGAGGGUGUCCCAUACAGCUGAUGUGCUCACUGAUAUUAAACAGACGAAAACGCUUUUGAAAUUUAAUUUCUGCUGCUUGGGAAAAAACAAAUUAUUUUUCUCCUUAAGAGUGUUUAAGUAUACAUAUAUAGUUAUGUGCUGUUUUAUCAGUGCAUUGCAUUACAGUGGGCCUAUACGAUUUGCAUAUCUGACUGAUCCUGCCCAUAAGGGCAGUCCACCUCCGAAAUUGAGUAAAAAAAAUAUCUUGAGAUCUGAGUGGGUUUCUCUAAGCUUGUGGCCAUUCUCAGAGUUCCAAUAUUCCAAUGUUUUGGGAUUUUUUUUUUUGCUGCAAUACAUGUACUUAGGCUCUCCCUAAGUUAAAGGACCACUAUAGUGCCAGGAAAACAUACUUGUUUUCCUGGCACCAUAGGAUCUCUAGGGCCCCCCUCCCGCCGGGCUCUAGGGGGUGGAAGGUGUUAAAUCUUACCUUUUUUCCCCCGUCGGGCUCUCUCGGCAGUGGGGACUCUCCUCCUUCUUUCCCGUCAUCGGCUGAAUGUGCAUGCCGCGCGCGCAUUCAGCCAGUCCAUAGGAAAGCAUUACCAAUGCUUUCCUAUGGACGCUGGCUUCUUCUCACUGUGAAAAUCACAGUGAGAAGCGCGGAACCGCCUCUAGCAGCUGUCAAUGAGACAGCCACUAGAGGCUGGAUUAACCCUAGAUGGACCCGGCACCCAGACCACUUCAUUAAGCUGAAGUGGUCUGGGUGCCUAUAGUGGUCCUUUAAAAUGAUCGCUGUGAUCCUACAGGAGUAUCAGCUACACCUCACUGAUGAGGCCCAAAGAAGGCCGGAACAAUAAUCUGGGGUUGCUGUAUCUCUAAUGCAGUGAAAACUUGCUAUUCUUUGGAUCUGUGUGGGAUCCGCCCGAUAUGCAAAUUAUAUAGGUUCACUCUUUAAUGGCACAAAUGAGAAAAAAUAUUUAGAGACCUGAGAGGGGAUUUACCGAAGGGCUAGCUAUUGAGUUUCUGUAAGCUUUUGCCCUAAGAGCUCACACCUUUUGUUUUUGCUUCAAAAGAAAUAAGUGGAAUUUGACAGGAAGAUGGGCAGACAUGUGAGUACGCAGGAAGACUCGGACAUACCCGCACUAAUAUUUGCAUGCUAUGAUACAAAUUCGAGUAUUUGUUCAAACUAUAGAAUGUAGUUUAUAAUCAAACAGUUUUCCAAGUUAUCUUCAAACUCAGUUUUUGCCCUUUCCCCCUAAUUCUCAGAGGCGACAAUGGCUCCAGGAAGCAAUGAGCAGCGCUUUUGCAGGCCAGGCAGAUGAGGUUCAGCAAAUGAAAGAAUGUAUUCAGGAAUUGAGCAACGAGACAAGUGGAGAGGAUCAGGAGGAACGGAAGGAGCAGGCUCUGGAGCUGCUAGCUGACCUCUGUGAAAACCUUGACAAUGCUGCUGGUAAGCGGGUGAAUUGUUUCAAUACUAAAAAUAUAUUAAAUUUUUUGAAUGGAAAUGGCUCGUCUGUGAAAAUAAGAUGUUUGUCUGAUUUGUGCUCUCUUAGUACUGGCCCUUCUCCCUGCAAUCCAUCUGUGUUUUUUUUUUUUUUGUUUUUUGUUUUUUUUGUUACCUAUUUAUUUUUAUUUUUUUACCACUCAUGGCUCUCUUUUAAUACCAUAGUCUUGUUCCCUAAUCCCAUUUAAGCUUUUACUAAAUUGUGUGAGUUGUGCUCACACAGCCUUGUUUAGUUUUCCAGUGUUUUCUUGGUUUUUUUUUCCAACUUAACCUGGACACCACUGUAUUCACGUAUCCAGUCCUAAAGCCAAACUGGAUUUUUCUAUCGAUAGUAUCUUGGUAAACUACGCAUAUUGUGCAAAACACGUAUAUUCUGCUGUUACUACUGCUUAUUGUAUUUGUUCUGAUGAGUAUAAACAGUAUUUUCAGGCUUCUUGCAAUAACCACUGUCUCUUCAGAGAAAAGGCAUUGUUUACAUUACCGCCUAGGGAUACCUCUGCAGGCUGCUAGAAGUGCUUCCUGGGGUGGUGCUGCACAGUUGAGACACUGAACUUUCCCCUUAAAGAUGCAUUGAUUCAUUUGCACAGGGUCAAAAGGGGAGUAGGGGAGCUUGAUAGUGUUUUUAACACUAUAGAAAAAAGACUACAUGUUUGUGUUCCUGACCCUAUAGCACGGGUGUCAAACACAAGGCCUGUGGGCCGAAUCCGGCCCGCCAGUCCUCGUCAUGUGGCCCGUGUAGCCACCGCCGGCCGCCAGCCCAGAUCACAGAUCUCCCUCCCCGGUCCGCAGGCACAGUGCUGACAGCCGGCAGGGGAGGGAGGGAUAGAGGACCCGGAGCUCAGGCUGCAGCUCCUCCGGGUCCUCCUCUCGCGGAAGUUGGAGCGUUGCCGCGGUUACCAUGGCAACGCUCCAAAUCUCGCGAGAGUGAACUCUAGCCCUGGAGCGUGGGCUAGAGUUCACUCUCCCCACUGGGACCACCAAUGAAUCCCCCACCGGACCACCAGGGAAAUGUACCCCCUCCCCCCAGUAAAGGUAAGAAGGGAGGGGGGACAUAAAUAUAUAUUUUAAUUAAAAUUAUAUAUAUAUAUAUAUAAAAGCCCCCCUACCCUUAUAUCACACACACACACUCUACACACCCACACUGCCCCCCAUACACCCACACUGCCCCCAAUACACCCACACUGCCCCCAUACACACACACUGCCCCCACACUGCCCCCCAUACACACACUGCCCCCCAUAUGCACACACUGCCCCCAUACACACACACUGCCCCCAUACACCCAUACUGCCCCCAUACACAAAAAACAGUAAUAAUUGAAUGCAGUGACAAUAAUUUAUGAUAAUAAAGAGUGGACACAUAGUCCUACUGAUACAACCGGCCCUUUGAGGGUGACCAAACUGCUGAUGCAGCCCCCGAUGAAUUUGAGUUUGAUACCCCUGCCCUAUAGUGUUCCUUUAAGUAAUAUUUUUUUUGCAGUUGGUGCUGAAACUUUUAUUUUUAUGUAUCCAGACCAUCCAUUUCUUUUAAUAGUUAUUCCUGACUAAUUGUCCAGUACUCUUCACUAACUACAUACAAACAUUCUGUUAAUCAUUGGAAAAACAUGUUUAAAAUAACAAACAAUAAAACAGAAAAAAUGCAUUGAAUAGUUCAAAAUAAUUUGGUUCAUAUUGUUUUUCAACAAUAAUUGUUUUAAUUUCAGCAAUAUAUUUUUAAAUUGCAAAUCUUUCAAUAUCACAAUUUAAACUGUGAGUUGAUAGGAUUUUUAUACGCUUUCAUUUUCAUAAAUUGGGGCUGUAUUGGGAUUAACUGAGCCUGUAAUCUUAUUUAUAGGUGAUGAUAUCUGGCCUAAUUUAAGAAAGACAAUACUAAUUCUGCUUUGAAAAGUUUUACAAGAUCCUUCAUUUGAAUAUAAGUAAUGUUGACCACCUUAUGUAUAAGAGUAUAGUUUUUAUUCAGUGUCUGUAUGCUCUUUUUGGGUUGCAAAGUGUUUGAUGUGUUCUGCUUCUUUUCCAUACCAAUCUCCCCCCCAGAUUUUUGCAAGUUGGGUGGUAUGCAUUUGUUGCUGAGUCGCUAUUUGAAUUGCCUGGAGGAUGGACUGCGCUGGAGAGCUGCUGACCUGAUUGGCAUUUGCAGUCAGAAUGUGCCACUUGUUCAGGAGACUGCGCUGAGCCUUGGAGCUGUGAAUAAACUCUUGAAAUUGGUGGACCUUGACAAAAAUGAAGCGGUCAGGAUAAAGUCCCUUUUUGCCAUUUCAUGUAAGUGACAGAAAAAUGGAGGUGUGAUUUAAUACCAUGAAAGCAAACCCCUUUUUAAAAAUUAAUUAACUUGUAUUUUUUUUUUUUGUGUGCCGUGAACUGUGCACACCAGUAUAUGUAUAUUCUCUAUACAUAGACUGUAAGCUCAUUUAAGCAGGUUCCUCUUCAAACUAUUGUUCCUGUAAGUUUUUUAAUUCUCAUUUAUUGUUAAAUCUCCCCCUCUUAUAAUAUUGUAAAGUGCUACAGAAUUUGUUGGCGCCCUAUAAAUGCUAAUAAUAAUGUACAACACUGCCUUUUCAGAGAAAAAACCCAUUCCUUUGUGAUCAGAGUGGGGUUGGUCACCUAAACACACAUACACUGACAGGCAGACAUAUAUCAUGAGAGGCAGACAUACCAUGACAGAUACACAUACACUGACAGACACACACAUACACUGACUGACAGACACACACACUCACAAAUUAUUAUUUCUUUGAAUUCAAUUUAAGACCACUCAGCUUCCCUACCUUUGGGAGAGCUGGGGUGGAUCUGAUUUUCCUUGGGAUCCAGUGUGUGGCCAGCUGGGUGACAGUGAGGCAAGCGACAAGGGAGCAGAGCAGGGAGAUCACCGCUUAGUGAUGCCAACCCUUGCAUCACUAAGCGCCGUGCACCAGAGCAGGUCAGGAAGAUCACAGCUCCCUCGCCUCCGGUCUACAGUUGCGCAACCGGCCGCCCGCCUCAGAGGGAAUGACCUCACAAAAUUUCUAUUUACCAUGGCAACCUGGUGUCUGAGAUUUCUCGAGCCCUUCUUUAAAUGCAGUCUCUUUAAUUGAUUUUAGACAUAAGACUUACCCUUCACAGAAACAUUAUUAUAAUUAUUAUUUAUAAAGCGCUAACAAAUUCUGUAGUGGUGUGCAAUGGGUGGGCUAACAGAGCUAUAUUUGCAAAAAGAUGAGCUGGACGCAUAGAACAGAGGGUGCUAUCUGUAGCAAUUCUCCUUUAAAAUUUUACAUAUUUCACAUUUUAUGCAUAUUGUGCACAGAAUAAUGGAAGCAAAAUGCAGGUGUACAUAAAAGGUACAUCUGUAAAUUGCAAAUAAACAAAGCAAUUGUAAUGCCAAUCAUUAUAACAUACAAUAAAAUGCCCACACUGAAUACCUGCCACAUUUGUUCCUGCAAUGCAAGGUACGGCGCCAAAUCAAAGCGACUUAUCUUCUCCAACUCUAACCUCUCUGGUUACAACAGCAUAAUAUUAUGUAUAUACUAUGUUCAGUAUGUUAUUUUUAUUUUAUUCUUUUCUUAAUGAACAUGCCAAGACUUAUACAAUCACUUGUUUUAUUUUAUUGUUUAUCUAGUUAUACCUGAUUGGUUCUGCACUCCUGACAUAUAUGUCUAGCAUGAAGUGUCUAACAUGUCUACCCUUAACAUUCUUAUUUUCAUUUCCUUACAAAAAAAAGUACGAUACUCCUAACACGUUUUGACCCAUACCUGAAACUCUGCUUGUCAUAUGCAUCCUUACUGACAUGUUACUAUUUGCCUGUCUGCUCGCAUGACAAAAAUAAUGUCCAAAAAAGUAAAUAAAUAAAUGACAAGAUCAAUAAUGUAGAGUUUUAGAUGAGUUGUAAUUAAUGGUAAAUUUUCAGGCUGGACAAAAGUGGUAAGUGGUGUCCCUCCGGGUAAUGUUUUGGGACCACUUCUAUUUAACAUAUUUAUAAAUGAUCUUGAAAUAGGCAUUGAAAGCCAUGUAUCAGUGUUUGCAGAUGACACAAAACUUUGUAAAGUAAUAAAAUGUGAGCAGGAUAUUGCUUUGCUGCAGAGAGAUUUGGAUAGAUUGGGGGACUGGGCACUAAAAUGGCAGAUGAAAUUUAACAUAGAGAAAUGCAAAGUUAUGCACUUCGGGGUUAAGAAUGCACAAGCAAAUUACACACUAAAUGGUAGUGAAUUAGGGAUAACCACACACGAGAAGGAUUUGGAAAUUGUUAUAGACCACAAAUUAGGCAGCAAUAUGCAAUGUCACACUGCAGUUGCUAAGGCCAGUAAGAUUUUGUCAUGUAUAAAUAGGGGCAUAAAUUCUCGGAUGAAAAUAUAAUUUUGCCUCUUUAUAAAUCGCUGGUAAGACAACACCUUGAAUAUGCUGUGCAAUUUUGGGCGCCUGUUCUAAAGAAGGAUAUCAUGGCACUGGAGAGGGUCCAGAGACUAGCUACAAAAUUGAUAAAAGGAAUGGAGCAUUUUAGUUAUGAAGAAAGGUUAAAAAAAUUAAAUCUGUUUUAGAUUGGAAAAACGGCGCCUGUGAGGGGAUAUGAUAACUUUAUACAAAUAUAUUCGGGGCCAGUACAAACCUUUAUCUGGAAAUCUAUUCAUAAACAGGGCUAUACAUAGGACACAAGGUCACGCAUUUAGGCUGGAAGAAAGAUUUCAUCUAAGGCAAAGAAAAGGUUUUUUUACAGUAAGAACAAUAAGGAUAUGGAAUUCUGAGGUUUUGUCAGAGUCCAUACAGAUGUUUAAACUGAAAUUGUAUAAAUACUUACAAAAACAUAACAUACAGGGAUAUAAUUUCAAAUUAGUGGGGUAAUAGCUGCUUGAUCCAAAGAGACAUCUGACUGCUAUUUUGAAGUCGAGAAGGAAUUUUUCCUAGUUUGUGGCAAAAUUGGAAGCGCUUCAGACCAGGUUUUUUGCCUUCUUUUGGAUCAACAGCAACAACAUAUGUGAGGAAGGCUUAACUUGAUGGACGCAAGUCUCUUUUCAGCUAUGUAAGUAUGUAAGAUUUUAAAUACAACACAUAUUUGCACCAGUGUUGCCAUUUAUAUAACGUGAAUUGAUUUUGAAGCUUUACAUUUCUGGUGAAUGAUUUAGAUUAUCAGCACCAUGAUAACAUUAUGCAAUCGUUCUUCUUUGUCCAGGCUUGGUACGGGAGCAGGAAGCUGGUCUUACGGAGUUUGUAAACUUGGAUGGGUUCUCUGUGUUAAUGCGUGCCAUGCAAAGCAACGUGCUCAAGCUGAAAGUUAAAUCUGCUUUCUUAUUGCAGAACUUACUGCUUAGUCACCCAGAGCAUAAAGGUAAUGAAGAGUGUUUUUUAUACUGCCAAGUACAGUACACUGUUUCACAUGUAUGGUGUGUUCACUCUUUGUCACUUGCUAUAGAUGCACCUUUACCAGUGUAGGGCAGUCUUUCCCAGAGCGGUUAUUGUGUUGCUCCAUAGCUUGGGGGUAUAGAAAUUUUCCAGUAUGGCUUUAUUAAAGGACCACUAUAGGCACCCAGACCACUUCAGCUUAAUGAAGUAAUCUGGGUGCCAGGUCCAUCUAGGAUUAACCCAUUCUGCUGUAAACAUAGCAGUUUCUAAGAAACUGCUAUGUUUACAAUAGGGGUAAUCCAGCCUCUAGUGGCUGUCUCAUUGACAGCUGCUAGAGGUGCUUCUCACCGUGAUUUUCACAGUGAGAAGACGCCAGCGUCCAUAGGAAAGCAUUGAGACUAGCUGAAUGCGCGUGCCGUGCAUGCGCAUUCAGCCGAUGACGGGAAAGGAGGAGGAGAGUCCCAGCGCCGAGGGAGCCCGGCGCUGGAAAAAAGGUAAGGGAUUAAUCCCUUCCUCACUCUAGAGCCCGGCGGGAGGGGGGUCCUGAGGGUAAGGGGGACCCAAGGACCCUGUAGAGCCAGGAAAACGAGUAUGUUUUCCUGGCACUAUAGUGGUCCUUUAAGGAUGUUGAUAUCAUGAUCUUAACACUCAGAAUAUAACCCAGACUGAAUGCAAGAUCUAUAUUUAUAGUUUUGCCCAUGACCAUGUAAGUCUUAUAUAAUUAAUAUAUUUAUGCACUCUAUGUUUGAAGGUACACUCCAGGGGCCAACACAACUGCAUUUGUUAGAUUUUGGCCUUCUAUUCAUGCUGAAAUUUCUACACAUUCAAAUCCCUCUUAGUUUUUCUUUUUAAAAAAACUAUUUUUUGUUUUGCAACUUUCUGCAGCAUAACAUGGCCGCGUUAAUUACAUCUCCUUUGUUCACAAUGAUUUCCUUGAUGUAUGUAGGCAUCCUGUACAUAUGAGAUCUGUGUGAGCUGAGAUUCUGACAUUGCUCUGCCACACAGCCAAUCACCGCCCUCUUGUUAUUUGCCACCUUUUCCCUUAGCAUUGAAAAAAAUAUAAUGGAGAAAGCUUUUUCCAGUAUAUUUUUUUUCCAAUUCUAUAUUUAGGUUCAUGUCCUGUGUAGACUGAUACUACCCACAUUGACACUGUCGCAUUGAAAGCAGUGCUCCUCUUUUGUUAAGUGUCCGCUCUCGUGACACAUCAUACUUUAUUUAUCUCCUUUUCCCUUAGCACUACUUUUAAAUGCUAUAGCGAUAAUAAAAGUAUAGUGAUUGGUUGUGGUGUGUAUUCAUGUAAGUAGUUCAACUCACACUGAUCUGUUAUUGGCUCAGCUGCACUGUUUACCAAUCCUGAAAAUGUUUUCUGAAAAGGGGGAGACGUGGCUAAGGGGUGGACGUGUUUUUAUUUUUUUUAUGUGCUGGUCGCUGUGCUGGCCUCUCCUCGACUGCCCUGCCUCUAUGGCUGAGAUGAUCAAACUUAAUGAUCUCAGCCAAUCCUAAGUUUUUUUUAUAGGAUUGGCUACAAAAUGCUGCACCAAUGAGCAUCUUCUCAUAGAGAUGCAUUGAAUCAAUGCAUCUCUAUGGGGAGUGUCAGCACACACAGUGCAGCACUGACACAGGAAGCACCUCUAUUGACCGUCUGAGUGACGGUCACUCGAAGUGUCACUAGUAAGCAAUGUAAACACUUCGAAAAGGCAGUGUUUACAUUAAAAAGUCUGCAGGGACAGGCUAUAGACACCAGAACCACUACAUUAAGCUGUAGUGGUCCUGGUGACUGUAGUGUCCAUUUACGAAUUGUAUUUGGCUCCGAACCUUUUUAGCUGGCUCCUAGAUUCAAAGUAAAUUUGUCAAGCCCUGAUAUAGAGAGAGCUAUAUAUUUUAGCAAAGCUAAAAAGAUUUGAAUGUGUAAUAAUAUACAGCAAGUUAUGUCGGUGUUUGCGGAGUGUUCCUUUUACUUACAUUUUCCCCUUGAACUUCAGAUGCUGCUGCUCUCAAAUCUAUUAAAAUGCUUUUGCUAAGACUUUUACCACUAAUUCGGUCAUACAUUACCUGUACAUAUUUAGUUCUGAGUAGGGAUGCGUCAAGGGUCACUGACUCCUGGAUGCCGGACUUUUCAUUUCCAUAUAUGGAUGUGGCUAAAUUGAUCUUCUCUUCCACCUCGUGCUCCCCUUCCUGUAUAUGUCUGAUCCUAUUACAUGCCUCACUUCUUUCAAAAUAAAAGAAUCAAAGAAAAUCUAGUUCUCUGCAAUCUAGUGAAAUAUAGUGACAAGUAAUGAUGAUGAGCUAUAACACUGCAGAUGUCGGUGGGACCCAACAUCCCUAAACCAGCCUACAGGAGCAGAUUUCUUACAAAUGUGUAUAUGUGAAUGCAAAUGUAUUUUGUGAAUGUGCACACGUGUUUAACCCCUUAAGGACCAAACUUCUGGAAUAAAAGGGAAUCAUGACAUGUCACACAUGUCAUGUGUCCUUAAGGGGUUAAGGGCCUGUAUAUAAUUUGUGUAUGUCAGUUUGUGCGUAACAUAUGAAGGUGUAGGUAGGUGAAUUGCUUCAUUGGUGGACAGACAAAGUUUGUUGGGUGCAGGGUGACUGUGUGACUGGGACGUUUGGUAGGUAAUCAGUUGGAUGGGGUAAGUGAACAGGGAUGUAGUUGAUGGGUAAUAUGUGAUGGGGAGAGUGAGUGUGGCUAUGACUAAGCAUGUGGCGGGAUUGGUAAAUAUGUGUUCAGAGGGUGGGAAAAUGUGACUGACUGCAUAUCACUUUGUUACUAUAUAACAGUAUGUGUGGCUAGGUGAAUGUGAUGGUAUGUAACAGUUUGGGAGUAUGUGAUCAUGUUAGGACAGGUGAAUGUUACUAAAUUGGGGCUGCUGGGACUCUGGGAGGGACCACAUUAGUUGUGUCUGCUGUUGACAAGGUAGUUGGGUGAGUAACUGAACAAAGAAUCUAUAGAAGUUGCAGACAUGGUAAGUCUACCUUGAAAAGUGAGGCACCUCAGUGAACUGCAUCCUGUGCCCCCCUUAGUUCACACCUUGAUACUUUGUGAUUUAUACUGUGUGACUGUAUUUGUGGUCAGGUCAACCAUUGAUUUAAUCUAUAGGGAUAUGUUUUUAAGUUUUUUUUAAAAGAAGAAUAAAGACAAGUUCUUGGUAUCUUGCAUCUUGAUUGAAGAGUUCUGUCUAGUCAUUGAUUGUUGGUGUGCAAGAUCUCUCUAGUUUUCAUUGCACAUGUUGUGUGGUCUGUAUGAUAGAACUGCUUCUUGGUUUGUUCUUUUAGAGACGCUGUGGUCCAUGGGAAUGAUACAGCAGCUGAUUUCUUUGCUUCACACAGAACACAGCCCUUUCCAUGAACAUGUGCUAUCAGCCCUCUGCAGGUAAAUAGGACUAUUUCUUUCUCGGCAUGUCUUUAAUAUGUAACAGGAUAAUGAUAAAAAUUCUUAAACAAACAGACUUUCAUGAAACUCAACUUUUUUGUUUUGUUUUUUAAUUAUCAAAAUUGUCUUACGAGAGGCAAAGGGAAUAGAGCUUUUUGUUGAUGGGGGAUUUUUAUGUGUAAAAAAUAGAGCAUCUUUUAUCAUGCCAUAAUAGCUGGAUGAUAGAUCGUAAAUCAAUCAGAUUGAUUGUAAACCCUGGCAAAGUGAUUGCUUGUUACUACAUGUCCGACCUUUAACGGCCUGCUAGUUCAUGAAAACCUUUUGCUCUAGGUUUAGUCAUCAAUGUAAUAAAGGACACGUUUGUUUCAGUUUGUUUGUCACUACAAUAGAGAGUCAAAAACAAAGUUAACCCUAUUAAACUAUGUUUUAUUAAAGGAAAACUAUAGUCCCAAAAUUUGUUUUUGUGGGACUUUAGGUUCCCAUAUUGCCACCCCUGUUUGUCUAUCACCCUUUGCAAAUGGAAAUUAACUGCUAAGUUAAUUAUUAGUUACCUAGUUUCUAGCACGGAGUCUUUUCUUCUGCAGCUGCCCGCUCCACCUUCAUCAGCGAUCUCGUUCAGUCCAAUUCUUCUCAUGGAGAAGCAUUGGAUUUAAGAUACGAGCUGCAUUUCACUCCGUUCUAGAGGAGAAAACGUCUAGACCCCAGCUUGAUGUACUGCUUUAUUUGUGAAGAGUGUGUGCUCUUUUUCUUCUUUUUUCAUUUUCCAAUUUAAAAGUACAUAUUUGAAUAGAAAUGGACACAUCUAGAAAUUAACCUUAUUACAACCCCUGGCUGUAAGUCAGAAACUGCAGUUUCCUGGUUGUUUAAUUCAAUGAAGCUAUACUCAAGAGGCAGCAAUUGCUCAGGGCACCUGCCUUGCAAAGACUUCUCAUUGAGCUGCAUUGGGAAGUCUGUGUGUGGACAGCCACAGAAAGCCUAGGCUGGGCUGGCAGAAGAGGCAAGAGAUCUGGAGGUUUUGCAGGCAUUAAUAUAAAGUGGUCUGGGUGACUUUAGCGAUCCUUUAAUUUUCAAUGGUAAAAAUCUUAGAUCUGCUAUUUAAUUUUAUUUUUUAGUAAAAGGUGACAAGGUGUCUUAUUUCUCUUCCUCAGCUGGUUGCCAAAAUUGCCAGUUUUAAGCAUGCGUUUUAUGCAAUACAUGUUCUAGGUUGGGUUUUUGAGUUGGUAUUUAUUUUUUUUAUUUUUUUUAUUCUUCUUAAUUUCAAGGGUAUUUUUUUCUGUUCAAUGUCUAUGGAAAACCUAAAGAAUAUAUUUAAAGUUUUUUUUGUUUUUUUUUAUUUCUUAAAGAUUUCCCCACCAACACAAACAAAUCAGUUCUGACACUGCUAAGAAUAUUAAAAGUAAUUGGGAUAGAAAAAAAACUAUGCUUAACAAAAAAGCGCCGGUUUAAUCCACUGAUUAAAGGACUACUCCAAGCACAAUAAACACUAUAGCCUGCUUUUAUGAUUCCAGGAGUACCCUGACGCUGGUCCCUGGUAAUGGGGCAAACCGUUUAGCAAUGGUUUACUCUGCCACCUGGGUCGCACUAGGCAUCAAUGCUCCUGUCCUGCUGGCUGAACAACAUCUGGAUACUGCACAGCAAAAUGCUGCACAUACAUACUUCAAGCACCAAAACACUGAAGUGGUCAUGGUGCCUGGAGUUGUACUUUAACAGUCAAUAUUACUCAACAUUAACUUUAACAAGAGAGAGAAUGGAGAAUCAUCUAUUCUAUUGAAUCUCUGUAUCCCAAGCUAGAAUGUAUUGUUUUCUACUUGCCAUUUAUUUGCAUAUAAACCAUGUCUAAGGAGUAUUGUGAGCAAUAGUGGGUUAGGCAUAAGACUAUCCUAGACUUAAGUUAAGGCCAAGGACUAAUGAAAGUAUUUAGAAAAUUGGGCAGACUAGAUGGGCCAAACAGUCACUUUCUAUGUUUCUAUGUUAGUAAAAAAAAAUGUAUUGUUUAACAAGGAUUUUUAUUUAUUUUUUUAAUAUUCGAUCCAGAUCCUUUUUUUUUUUUUUAUUUUUUUUUUUUAUAUAUAUAGAUAUUUUUACUGACUCACGGUUGUUCCAGUUAAUCAUUCCCUUGCAUUCAUUUGAAUAUGCAGGUUGAAGUGCUUCUAAAAGAACACUUGGAAUAAGUUAUUUUUAUGAAGCAAUUGGGAGGCUUGUGCUACGUGGCAAUUCUGACACUUUCCGGGUUAGUUACUAAACUGAGACUUCUAGGUGGAUUUAAAGUGAAUUUCAAGAAUUUCAAGUUUAAGGUCAAAAUACCUGAACUGGAAAAACAUUCUAAGUUGGCUAUGCUUCCACUUACGCUGAUCUGGCCUUAAAUGGCCUCUGAAUUCUCACUUCAGUAAAUAACUCUGUUGGUGCAGAUAUUCACAGAUUUGCUGCAACUCUAAGUUGGCAUAUUGUAUAAAUAUAUUCCUAAUUUUCUUGACCAUCAGAUUUUAUUUUUUUUUCAUGCUGAUAUUGGAGCAACAAAUAUGCCAGUACGUUUAAGUCCAGCAUCGUAUGGUGCAUUUAGCAUAUGGUGGAUAACCCCAAUUGCAACUUAGAGUUGCGGCAGUUCACAUUGCUAGAGAUUUAUUCAUCCACUGAGAUUUAUAGCAAUAAGUGUUUUGCCACAAGAGUUGACUUUGUAAAUUCAGAACAGAAGCAGUGUUUGUGCUUAAACAAAAAAAAAAAUGAUAUGUUCAGCUAUGUAGAAAGCUAUGUAGAAAGCCACGAGACAAAUCUUUCUUUUGAGUUUAAGGGACACUCUAAGCAUCAGAACAAACUGCUCUCUUUGUUCAUGCUGUACAAGUCCCCACUUAUGUUAGCACUUAAUUCACAGCUCUCUGUUAGAUAGAUUAAGCCACUUCUUGUAUAUCCUUGUAGGGCAAUUGAAUCAGGCAAAACAUGUAUUUUCUAAGUUGAUGUUGAACAAAGUGUAAUUUUUUUUUCAUUGCACAUAUAUAGCCUCCCUGUUGCACUACGUAAAUUAAUUCCACAUUAUGUCUUCCAAGCCUAGAUCAUUGAUAAGCAUAUGGUCAACUUUUGACUUCCAUUGAAUAUGGUGAAAGCUUCCUAAUAUCAGUUUUUUACUCAAGUCCCCACCAAAUUCAUCUGAUGGUGGAGCAGUUGAUUUCAUUUAUAAGCAGUUUAAUCUGUAUUAAGGGAAGGUAAUAAUGUUCUUACAUAUUUCAGUUUGGUAACAGAUUUCCCACGGGGAGUGACUGAAUGCCGUAUCCCUGAUUUAGCUUUUGAAGACUUCCUUAAAGAACGAUGUCAACUGAUACAAAAACAAGAAGAGUUUCAGGUAUGCAUAAAUUAAAGGAAUCUCUAGAAAUGGUACUAACUAGGAAAUGUACUAUUUACAUUUCACUGUUAUUUCUCAUUUUUUCUCAAUUUUUAAUGUUUUGUUCAAUUUCCAGAAAAUUUCCACUGAACAGGACUUGGUUGCAUUGGUGCUUCAGUGAAAUUCCAAAAACCGAUCAUGUCGUUAUUAAAAAAAUAAAUAAAAAAAAUCUGUAUAUUAAAUAGUUUAGCUUUACUAUGUGAUUUUGGUGUAUAAAUCUUGUCUGUGUAGUCUCACUACCUAAUUCUAUGCCAUUUAAGAGUAAAAUCACUUUGAUUAUGCGGUCCUAGCUACACCUCCCUGGCUCUGAUUUCCACACUCUACAUGAAAAAAAAUGGUUUCCGUUUCAAACUAGUCUUGCAGUACAAUGUGUUUACCUUAGAAGCUCUUAUCUCCUGCGCUGUUAAUUGACCUUUAAUCACAUACAUGAGACUACUGUAGGCUAUAGCAGACAAUUAACAGGCCAUGAGAUAAUAUAUUCCAAUUUAAACACACUGUGCAAUAAAGGAACAGUAUAGUGUUAGGAAUGUAAAUACAGAGUCCCAAAUUAAAUUAAAAAAAUUGGGGGGGAAAUUCUUUCCCACCCCCUACCAAACACCAUGACUUACUCUGCCUUCUUCUUUGUCUUUUCAUCCAAUCCACUAGAAGGGUGCUCAGACCUGCAAUAUUUUACAAUGUUGAGCUAAAAUCGCAGGUACACUGCACCCAGACUACUUCAUUGAGAUUAAGUAGUCUAGGUGCCUACAGUGUACAUUUUAAACAAAGUAAUUUAACUCUUAAAUAGCAUAAUGUUUAGUAGUGAGACUGCAAGGAUAUGAUCUACACACCAAAACUUCUUCAUUUUGGUAAACUUCUUAUGGAUUGUCUUUAAAUGCCAUUAACCUGGCUCUUUUAUUUUGUUACACUGCAAUAUGUGGUCAAUAAGGAAAAGAACUAGUGAGGGCAGCAACUCGAUUAAUAGAUGAAGUCUGUUUACCUACAUGCAGUCAUUUUCGUAGUACUUGCUGUCUUUGAACACUCAAAACUGUAGUUGUGAAAACCUAUAGGAAUCCUUUUCAACAGCUGCAUUCCUAUUUCAUUAUAUCAUUCACAUGAAACAUUUGCCUUGAAGGGAAACCAAUACUUAAAUACAAGCUACUCCUUGUACAGUAGAAAAAAAUGUUUUGUUAAAAUGACUUUGCGUCCCCAGUCUACUGAAAUACUGGACGUGCAAUUUCUAAUACAUUAUGCCAAGAGGCCCUAUAUAUCUGCGUGCUUUGACAUGCUUAUUCUUAUAGCACAGUGUUUUUGCUGUAAGAUAUAAUUGAAUCGGAAUGUUCCUCCUUAUAGAAUGAUUCCUUUAGAAGUACGUUCAAUUAGUCUUUGUUAGAAUUUCAUCGCACAAUGAUCAUUCCCCUUUUUGUGUAGCUGGAAUAAGAAUGCCUGCUAGAGAUGUAAUCUAAUAAGACAGCCAUGUUGAAUGGGCAAUUUAACAUGACUAAAUUAUAACCUUUGCAGUGUAUAGUUUUCUUAAGCACUCAUUUACUUGUUAACUAUGAUUUGUAUUUUGAGCUGAAACGGUUAUUUGCAGAAGCCCAGCUAAAUGUUUUCCUGCAAUCUGCAAUUAAAUCCGAACCGUUAAUUGACUAUCUCGCUAAUGUGAAAACUGCUAGUUGGGGCACAAUCUGCCAAAAUUGGUUAUCAGUCCCUCUACAUUCUAUCUUUGUGAGUAGUUGAAGUUCAGUAGAAAUAAUGUUAUCUUCUCCUGUUGCUGAGAACUUGCCUUUGGAUUUUUAUGAAUUCCCUAGUGUUUCUUUUAUAAAAGUGAAAAAGUGUUCGUCAGAAUUAUUCCUUUGCACUGAUCUGAAUUCUGAGUCGGUUUUGGGGCAAUAAGAUAAUUGUUAAUAUUAAGCAAUUUUCAGCCUGUCCUCCAGAAACCACUAAACUACAUCACUGCUUAGGAUACCAAACUUUUAAAGACCCAAAGGAACUGCAGAAUUUAGGCAAAAAUAGUCUAGUCUAGAUCUUCCACCAUUUGGCUAUUUUGGCCUACAAUUUGCAGUCUAUUGGUUAAUUUCUGACUAUUCACUGUUUAGUGAACACCUGUAUGGCCAUAUAAGAAGUCUGCUAGAUAAAUAAGCAGUUUUCUGUUUUAAUCUCUCUCUCUCUCUCUCUCUCUCUCUCUCUGUCUCUGUCUCUCUUUCUCUCUCUCUCUCUCUCUCUCUCUCUCUCUCUCUCUCUCUCUCUCUCUCUCUCUCUCUCAAUAAUUUUAUUUUUUCUUGAUACCCUGGCCAAACACGCUAUGGCUGUCAAUCAGACAACCAAUCUAACAGUUUAUUAAAAGAUAAAUUUCAUUUUUUGCAUUCAGCAUCAUCUGCAGGUGCUCCUGUUCUUCUCAUAGCAACAACAAGGAACUGUCACUGCUCAAUGAAGUGGUCUGGGUGCCAGGUCCCCCAGGUUUUAACCCUUCAGAUGUAAACAUAGCAAUUUCAGAGAAGCUGCUAUGUUUACAGUGCAGGGUUAAUCCAACCUCUAGUGGCUGUCUUCCUGACAGCCGCUAGAGGCGCUUCUGUGACGCUGGAUGCGAAAUUUGCAUCCAGCAUGCAGAACGUCCAUAGGACAGCAUUGAGAAAUGCUUUUCCAUGGACUGAUUGAAUGCGCGUGUUGCUCUUGCCGUGCAUGCGCAUUCCGCUCCACUCGGGAGCUGACGUUGGCAGGGGAGAAGAGGUCAUUAGCGCUGAGGGAGCACGGCGCUGGAUAAAUAUAAGUUGCUGAAGGGGUUUUAAACCCUUCAGUGCCACGGGAGGGGGGCCCUGAGGGUCGGGGGGGUUCCAAGGAUGAUAUAGUGUCAGGAAAACGAGUUUGUUUUCCUGACACUAUAGUGAUCCUUUAAAGACAAAAUGUUUCACUUUGCAGACAUCACAAUCUUGUCUAUAGAAUCUAUAGAGCGGCAGCUUGGAAUAUCUAUAUUUUAUCUAUGGCUCCCAAUGCAGCUUUGCAUUCUUUAAUUAAAUAAAAUAUGCCAGUUAGGAUUGGAUCCUUAAAGAACAAAUAUGACAACAUAGACCUUCAUUGAUCCUUAAAGUUAAGUUUUGUGUGGGUUUCCCAUGUGAAAUGGAUGAAUAGUUCUUGCCUCUUGCCCUCGACAACAACAUCCAAUUUAGAGAAUUUAAGUAUCUGAGAAUAUUAUUAUUCUGCUUUAACCUCCAUUCAACUUCCCAGCAUAAAGCUGACCGCCCGUAAUGAGUGUUGUUUUAUUUUAUUGUUUCAGGAAGAAUUGGAAUAUUGUGAGCGCCUUCUAAAGAUUUGUUUCCAGAACGUUUCAGAGGACAAUAAUAUGGACCGGUGAUGGUGUAAUACUUUUUUUUUUUUUAAAUAAAGGAAAUUUACCUAAUUGUGGGUAAAUUACAAAGAAAAAAUAGAGCAUGCCUGACAUUUAGAUAUGGCUCAAUCUGGACAAUCUUUGUUUCAAAAGAGUAGUCUGGGAUGAUUUUUUUUAUUAAUAAAUAUAUAUGUAUUUAAAAUCAUAAAUAAUUUGUUCCUCCGUG